AUGAAAGCGUGUACUUCUAACAACAUAAUUUCUCUCGCUGUCGUCGCCCCCUUCAACUGGGCUGAGGAUGUGGAGGACGAGAUCCUGGCCACCGGCCCCUUCAACUGGGCUGAUGAUGUGGAGGACGAGAUCCUGGCCACCAACCCCUUCGACCUAGCUGAUGAUGUCGAGGACGAGGUCCUUAUCACGUCGACUGCUUUGCCUAUUGGUAGCAGCGUGGUGCAAGAACUCGAUUCUACCAUCGGCCUAGUCGCCAGCAUCGCUGUGACCAAGUCACAGUACUCGGAUAUUUACUCCGAGUACUUGAAGGAGGUCGAGGAGAAAGACCUCCGCAAGACGAGCUCUGAUUAUGGUCGUGAGUCGCCAAUGGUGGAUGACCCCCGUGCCCAGAAGUGGUUGCAACUGCCCUUGGGUGACAACAUGGAAGAUGGCAUCCACCAUCUGACGGACCAGGGCGAUCUCAAAGAGGAUGACCUGCCUCUACCUCCCCGCGCUAAAAUUCACCGGUCUCAGGGAUGCUGGAAUCUCAAGGUGAAUGCGGAGCCACUAGCCAAGAUCCAAGAACUGCAUUGCUAUGCUAAAGCAAUCGCGCAGUUGGGUCAAGCUAGUGGCCGGGAGGACUGCCUAGUCCGCUCGAUUCUCACCCGGGCCCUGGGUAACGUGUCGUUUGAUGACUUCGAAACGGCCCAACGGAUUGAGUGGAGUGAAGAGAUCUUCCGGGAACUUGACGAAGCAGCGUCGGCCAAGACAGAGGACGCCAAAUCUCGUAAGAAGAUGUGGAAGGCGUCUUCCACCUCAUUGCGAGAAAUGGCUCGUAUCUCAAAUCAGGAGGCGAAACUCCUUGUCACAAUUGUUUGUGACGAGGUAAAGUCAAUUACUCCGCCCCCCGAUGAGGCAUCAAUGAAGCUUCACCGGCUCUCCCGAGCUCCGGUGAAGCGAAAGCCUGUCCCGGUCAGACAGCACUCACCUGCCGUGGUUCCAAUUUUGAAGUCCACCAAGAAGAACGGGUUUUUGAAGCGCCCUUGGAAGGCUCUCAAAAAGUCCGUCAAGAUGGCGGUAAAGAAGUCCGGUACCGCUAUCCUAGCCGGUUUGGUGCUGUCGUCAGGCUUAUCUCCUAUCGGGUAG